UUCUGGAGUCGACAACUUUCGUUAGCAGAACAGUUUGAAAGUGACUUUAAAAACCAUCCUCUACCUCUAGCAAGAAUCAAGAAAGUCAUGAAAAGUGAUCAGGAUGUUAAAAUGAUUAGUGCAGAGGCACCAAUCUUAUUCUCUAAAGCUUGCGAGAUUUUUAUAUCUGAGAUUACAAUGCGAGCAUGGAUCCAUGCUGAAGAAAACAAACGUCGCACCUUACAACGGAGUGACGUUGCAUCUGCUGUUAGUAGAUCUGAUCAAUUCGAUUUCUUAAUUGAUAUCGUUCCAAGAGAGGAAGUACCUAAAACCUCAAGUAGGAGACCAAAGGAUGAACCUCAAACAGAACAUAUAUAUCCCGAGCAAGAUGUUUUAGCUUAUUAUCCACCACCACAACAUGGAAUUCCAUAUACACCUGAUUCUACUUCUGUUACUGCUGCUUCCUAUUAUCAUCAACAGUUUCAAGCAGAUCAUAUGCAACAUAAAAUUCAACUACAGGAACAACUUCGCCUUCAACACCAACAAUUUGCUCAACAACAACAAUCAUCCUCAGAAACGACAUCGCAAAUACUAACAAAUCAAUCACUAGUACCAACACAAACCUCACAUCAUUCUACUCAACAACAAACACCACAAAAUCAAAAACAAAUUUCACAACAAAUAAAAACUUCAGCUUCACCCUCUACAACUCCAUCGGAUCGUUCGGUAAUAGAUGAUCGACAAAUUCAAGCAGCAGUUAAUUUGCUAACUUCAGCAAACGUAGUCCAUAUAAAACAUCAACCACAAGAACCAGAAGAUCAGGAUAAACAACGUCAUAAAUCUACACGGAAGGUUUCAAAGAAAACUAAAAAGUAA